AUGUCCAAGGACGACGUGGGCUGCAAGCUGACCUCCGUCUACAAACACAAGGAGAGGAAGCCCAAAAAGCCCCACUACAUCCCGAGACCAUGGGGCAAACCCUACAACUACAAGUGUUUCCAGUGCCCCUUCACGUGCAUGGAGAAAUCCCACCUCUACAACCACAUGAAGUACAGCCUGUGCAAGAACUCCCUCUCCCUCCUCAUCGAGUCUGACUGGCCCUACAAGAAGGGCAACCUGCUUCACCCAGAGCUGCGGCUCCUGCAUGCCACCGAGGCCAUGCGGCUGCGCGGGCGGCAGGACGAGCCAGAGACCUGCGACUCCUCGGCCACGUCGGGAGGGUCGGGCAGGAUCAAGCAGACCCCUGGCAGGGUUGGCCACGAGGAGAAAUCGGCAUCAGGAGUGGAGAUCCUGCCUGCUGAAGGGGCUGGGGAAGAAGGCAGCCCGUUCCAAGAGGAGGAGGAGGAUGUGGCUGGCCUCUUGAGGCAGAUGGAUGCAGGGGAAAAGAAGGAGAAAAAUGAAGAGGCAGGUUGCCAAGGUGAUCCGGCUGAACCAGAAGUGAACACUUUGGUCUUUGGCUUCAAGAACAAGAGAGAUAAGCCUUGCAAGGAGGUGGAGCCUGACUUCAUCAUCACAGAUGUCUUCUCUCUCAAGAACCAUGUCAUGAAAAGCAGAGAAAUGGCCUCCCCAGACCUAGAAGCUAAGCCAAAGCAUUGCAGAGUGCCAAAGAAAUGCCUGGCCAGUGGUGGGAUCCUCAUGGAGCAGUGGAAACUGGUGGCAAAUGGGCAAAGGAGGAGCACACCUGAGGUCUCCCCGCCUUGUACCGACAGCAACAUCAUCCCAUGCUAUCCACCUCCAGCCUACAGUGACUACCACGAACCUCAGGGCCUCAACCUCUCACUGCUGGGCAUCAACUAUCCCCUGAACCCCAACCUAUUCUCCUACCUGAGCCCCACCAUGGCCAACAGUGCGACAACACACCCGCACUUGGCUCAGCUGCCAUUCCUGGCCUCCACGGCCCAGUUGAUGCACCCACAUGCUUCCCACUUCCAGCCCCUGCAGAGCCCUGAGCGCUCUGCCUUUCUGCCUCGCUUCUACUACCCUUUGCUCUUUGAGCACACCUUCAGCUCUACUGAAGGCAAGAUGUCAUCCAGCAAGCCGGAGGCCCAGCAUCUGGUGGGCUCGGUCAUGCCCACACCUCCCCAAGCCAAGACCCCCAGUGAGCCAUCCAAACCAGGGCUGCUGAAGGUACCGGUGCUGAAACCGAGUUUUCCUUGGCCCAAAAGUGGUAGAGAGGAGCCAGCCCUUGAGCUCAGCCAUGGACACGUGCUGGGGCAGGAAGAAGACAAGUGGCUGUCCCAAGAGAAGGAGAGCAACCCAGACCUGGGCCUCAACAACUUGCGCAAAAAGCCAACCGCUGACAUCUUCCAAAACCUGGUGGGGAUGAAGGAUGGCACUUUUGCCCCCAGCAGCAUCCAGAAGGCAGAGUUGACAGCAGUGACCUGCCUGGAGACCGGCAGUCCCACAGGCAAUAACCUGAAGAGGAAGCUCCCUUCCAAUGAUCUGGAUUUGAUAGGAUCUGAAAUGCUGAUGCCUGGAAAAGUCAGUUAUCAGAGCAGUGGUUCGAGGGCCAAUGCUGGCCACAUCCCCAGGGCUCUGGAUCACUGGCAUGUGGAUGUCCUGGCGGGCUGGCCUGAGGAACCUGAGAGGGGCAAAGACCCUGAAGGCCUGCCCUGUGCAGGUGCUGCACCUGAGCACGGCCUCUGCAAACAGAGCAGACCGCAAGAACCUGCUGCCACCAUGACAGACUCUGAGGCUACAACCGUGCUUAUUGGGGACCUGUCCAAAACCUUAGAGGAGUACCAGGAGGUAGAGAAGAAACUGUCUGAUCUGGCGAAGGAAGACACUCCUGGGCAAAAAGAGCUGAGGGACCAGCUAGUCAAAAUCCGAAGGGAGCUCUACCACAUCCACCAGGCUUUGGAGAAAGCCUCCAAACCCCACGAGGGGCCCCUGGACCUCUCGGUGAAGAGAUCCUCCGAGGGCCUGGAGAAGUGCCCGCAGGCCAAGAAAGAAACGUGCAGUGUGGGCCUGGGAAUGGAGAAGCUCCACGGCAAAGACCAAGGGGCCCUCAAGAAAUGUUCGGCCCCAGCCGAGUCUGGAGAUGAGGAGGGGUUGCCAAGCUGCCUCCUGGAGUCCGAGAACAAAACCAUCGACCUGCUGAUCAAGAUGAGCCACUCUGAGAGCCUCCGGGCAUCCUCCUCCGAGCCCCACCUGGGUGCCGUGAUCAAGGCGGAGGUGCUGCCCCUCGCCAUGCCGCUGGAGCUGCGGCACGUCAUGGAGCCCUACUACAGCCGCACCACCAAAUGCGAGGCGGACUCCAGCGUCCUGCUGUGCUCUGAUGGCAGAUCCAGCACCACCCAGGGCCCUCCGCUCCCCGUCACCCCCGAGGACGGGCCACUGGGCUGCCGGGCCGUGCAGCGCUCCCUGUCCUGCAGCCUUCCCACUGAGACAGACACGGUGUGUGUCCACAGCCCUUUGCAUGCCGACCCCUAA